AUGGGGCUGGGCUGCGGCGCAGAAGGUACGAGAGGAUGGCACGGGCCACCGCUUGGCACUGUUGGGUUGCCCCGGAGGGGGAAGUUCGUAGCCCGGAGGUGGCUCUCCAGGCGCUGCAGCAAGGAGCCAUUCACUGGGGACAGUGGGGAUGCUGGGGACACUGGCGACCAUGGAGACAGAGGUGACACAGGGGACUGUGGUGAUGCUGGGGACCGUGGAGAUGCAGGUGGCCUUGGAGACACUGGGGAUGAUGGUGCCUCUGGGGACCUUGGGGACACUGGUGACCCUGCGGAUUCUGGGGACGCUGGUGAUGCUGGGGACUCUGGUGACACUGAGGACCUCAGAGGUGCUGAGGACCUCGGGGACUCUCGAGAUACUGGGGAGGCUGGAAACCUUGGAGAUGCUGAUGACCCCAAAGACCCUGGUGACCCCAAGGAUGCAUCUGGUGACACUGGUGAUGCCGGUGAUCCCAGGGACUCUGGUGACCCAGGGGAUGCUGGUGAUACUGGGGACCUUGGGGAUGCCGAAGACCCUCGGGCUGAUGGUGACGCUGGGACCACAGGUGACGCUGGGGACCCCAGGGAACCCUGA